AUGCCGCGGGGAACUCUCCAUCUGGGCAGCCGCGGUGGCUCCGCAUCCUGCACGAGCGCCAGCCUGGUGCUGGGAGCUGUGCCGGGCUCUGCGGUCCUACCUGGGUCUCGUGUCUUCCUUGGCGGUGCGGGAUGUGGAACAGACCCGCCAACCGUCCUGUUCAACUCCUACCUGCACGCCCGAUCUCUGAGUUGUGAAGUUCUUCAAGCAAUAGAAAAUGUUAUUCAAGAUGUACUUAAAAGCUUGGCCGAAAAAAAAGCACCUGUUCUCACAUUGGCUAACAGAUCAGAUUGGAGGAAUGUAGAAUUUAAAGAUUCUGUAGGUCUACAGAUGAUACCACAUUCUACUACAAAACAAAUAAGAAGUGACUGCCCUAGAUCAGCACAAAAAUUUGCUCUGAUGCUCAAAAUGUUAUCUAUUAUCUAUAAGAUGGUGCAGAGCAAUACUUAUGCAACUAAAAGAGAUAUAUAUUAUUCAGAUACACUGCUGUUUGGUAGUCAAAGUGUUGUGGACAAUAUAAUCAAUGACAUUUCUUGCAUGCUUAAGAUACCUCGGAGAAGUCUACAUAUACUGUCUACAACUAAAGGUUUUGUUGCUGGUAAUUUAAGUUACACUGAGGAAGACGGUACAAAAGUGAAUUGUACCUGCGGUGCAACAGCAGUCACUGUGCCAUCUAAUGUUCAAGGAAUUAAAAACUUAAUCUCACAUGCCAAAUUUAUGUUAAUUGUAGAAAAAGAUGCAACUUUUCAGAGACUCUUGGAUGAUGAUUUCUGCAAUAGAUUGUCCCCAUGUAUAAUGAUUACGGGAAGAGGCAUACCAGAUCUUAACACACGACUCCUGGUCAGAAAGCUGUGGGAUUCUUUUAAAAUUCCUAUUUUCACUCUCAUGGAUGCAGAUCCACACGGUAUAGAAAUAAUGUGCAUCUACAAAUACGGAUCUGUGUCAAUGUCUUUUGAGGCCCAUCAUCUCACCGUUCCAUCUAUAAAGUGGCUUGGUCUCCUUCCAUCUGAUCUUCAGAGAUUAAAUAUACGCAAAGAUGUCCUGAUUCCAUUUACAAAGCAAGAUCAAAAUAAAUUAGCAAGUAUACAAAAGAGACCUUACAUUGCUAGUCAGCCAAUGUGGAAAAAAGAACUGGAAAUUAUGGCAGCAUCAAAACUGAAGGCUGAAAUUCAAGUUUUAACUUCUCUUUCAUCAGACUACCUCUCCAGAGUCUAUUUACCAAACAAGCUGCAGUUUGGUGGAUGGCUAUGA